UUUGUUUACCCCCUCUUUUUUUUGUCAGAGCCACAGACAGUGAAAGCAAGAAGAACACAGGAAGUCAGAGAUACAUCAGCGAGGGGAUUCACCCAGGCUACUUGUGAUGGGGCUAAACUUAUAAAUCAGAGGACUGGUUUGAAUUUUGCUCAAGGUGGACUGGAGGAAAGAGGAAGGUAUUUUUUAUUUUUUAGAAGGAGUAGGCAGAACACAGGGCGGAAGCAAACAGAACAAGGGGGAGAGAGUUUGAGAAAGACAGUGGGAGGUAAAAAAAAAAGAAGAAGACAAAAACGGUCUUUUGGUGGUUGCUUAUGAACAGAUAGUCCCUUAAGUCAUGCUGGCUUCGUGUGUGUUUCUGGUGAUGUCUGGAGGGCAGACCAGCGGAGAGGCGUCUGGUGCCAGGCAGCGACGCAGGACCAGCCCGAGCCCGGAGAGAGAAGCCCUGGAGGGACUUUCCUCACCACCCACUGCCCACAAACUCUCACCUAUGUACCCUAAGGAGGAGCACAGCACGGGGGGGAUCAGUUCCUCUCUCAACUAUCUUGAUGGAGCCUAUGAUUUCUCAAACCUCUCAGAGACAUUCGGCACCUCGUCACCCACCGAGCCUGCCUCGUUCGGAUACUACCCAGCUCCCCCGGACCCCCACGCACCCCCUGCUGAAGAACAUCUGCAGAACUUAGGCACCGGACCCGGCAGCCCUCUCAUGUUUGCACCCUCCAGUCCUCAGUUGUCCCCGUACCUGAACCAUCAUGGGGGACACCACUCGACCCACCAGGUGUCCUAUUACCUGGACAGCCCUUCUAGCACCGUCUACAGGUCCAGUGUUGUGUGUUCUCAGCAGGGAGGUGUUGGUUUGUGUGAGGAGCUGUGCAGUGCCACUGACAGACAGGAGCUGUUCUCCGGAUCAAGAGCUGCAGGAGGGUUUGAUUCUGAGAAGGAGACGCGCUUCUGUGCGGUGUGCAGUGACUAUGCGUCCGGCUAUCAUUAUGGAGUGUGGUCCUGUGAGGGAUGCAAAGCUUUCUUCAAGAGAAGCAUUCAAGGUCACAAUGACUAUGUUUGUCCAGCAACCAACCAGUGCACUAUUGACAGAAACCGCAGGAAGAGCUGCCAGGCAUGCAGACUACGCAAGUGUUAUGAAGUAGGCAUGAUGAAAGGAGGUAUUCGUAAGGAGCGCGGAGGCCGUGCUAUCAGGCGUGACAGGAGGAGGAGCGGUAAUGAAGAUCGUGUCAAGAGCUACAGUGAACAGUCAAACCGCACCGGUCUGAGAACAGCUCCUCCGCAGGACAGGAGGAAGAGUAGCAGCACUGGUGUGGUCAGCACUUUAUGCAUGCCUCCUGACCAGGUGCUGGUGUUGCUUCUGGGGGCAGAGCCGCCAGCUGUCUGCUCACGACAGAAACACAGCCGCCCAUACACCGAGAUCACCAUGAUGUCCCUGCUCACAAACAUGGCUGACAAGGAACUCGUCCACAUGAUUGCCUGGGCUAAGAAAGUACCAGGCUUCCAGGAUCUCUCUCUGCACGAUCAGGUUCAGUUGUUGGAGAGCACUUGGCUGGAGGUGUUGAUGAUCGGACUCAUAUGGAGGUCUAUUCAUUCACCUGGAAAACUCAUCUUUGCUCAGGAUCUCAUCCUUGAUAGGAAUGAAGGAGAAUGUGUCGAGGGGAUGGCUGAGAUUUUCGACAUGCUCUUGGCGACUGUGACUCGCUUCCGUAGUCUCAAACUCAAGCUGGAGGAAUUCGUAUGUCUCAAAGCUCUCAUACUUCUCAAUUCUGGUGCAUUUUCAUUCUGCUCCAGUCCGGUGGAGCCCUUGAUGGACAGCUUCAUGGUGCAGUGCAUGCUGGACAACAUCACUGACGCCUUCAUUUACGGCAUCAGUAAAUCGGGUGCCUCGCUGCAGCUACAGUCCCGCCGUCAGGCCCAGCUCCUGCUGCUGCUCUCACACAUCAGACACAUGAGCAACAAAGGAAUGGAGCACUUAUACCGAAUGAAAUGUAAGAACCGAGUCCCGCUCUAUGACCUUUUGUUGGAGAUGCUAGAUGCCCAGCGAUUCCAUUCUUCAGGAAAGGUGCAGCGACUGUGGGCACAGAAUGAGAAAGACCCCCCAUCUACACCCACAACCAGCAGCAGAGGUCCUGGAGCCAUGCUGCCCAACAUCGCCUGUCACGAGCAGAGUCCAGACCCCUGAGCUGUGUACGGUCCAACAACUGAAGAGUGUGGAGACUCAAGCAGUCAGUGCUGUCUCUCCUUGUGCCUUAUCAAAGUCCACUUUAGAUUCUGAAAGACCCAUGUAGAAAUAAACUCGUUAAAAAUGUAAUAUAAUAAUAAAUAAAACCCUUAAACUCUUCAAAUAAGAACAAGGCUCCCAAACACUAUACAUCUGUUGUCACUUGAUUCAUUAGUUUUGAAAGACAUUUUGAAAAAGUGUCAUACUUAAAAAAAUAAAUAAAAAAGAAUAAAGGGCUCUUGGGCCUGUGUGGGACACUGAGAGAUGCAUUUAUGUAAAAGCUGCUAAUUCUUCUUCUUCUUCUUUUAAAUGACCAAUGGAGUGACAGCUUUGACAUCACAAACUUACUUAAGCUAAACAAACAGAAAAAUGAAAAGGAAAAAGAACAGGUGGCUUGUGAAGUACAUCAUAAACUAGCAUUUGUGACUGACAGCACAGAUUUGACAGUGGAAUGUCAAUGUAACAUCACUUAUUAACUUAAGUUUGAGCUUUAUACCAAGGAUUAUUAAGUUACUGUAGUGGUACAUUACCUUAAAUGUAGAAGAACCGGAGAACUUCACAUUGCAGCAUCGGUGUUAAAAUUUUUCAUGAUACUAUUAUCAUAUGAAUUAUAGCAAUAACAAUAAGCAUGUAUAAUUACAAGCAGUGCUUAACAUAAAAUACUUGAUAUAAAACAAACUGAAAACAGGAGAAAAGUUGCUCUUAAAAAAACCCUGAAAAAAUAAAUAGAAGGAUGUGAUGUAUUCUCGCAAUCAGAGAUAUAUUUAUCAAUAAAAAUCACUGCUCUAGUUUUAAUAUGUUUAUUAAGUAAUUUGAACUCGCAUUUGGAGAACUGCUCAGUGAUUAGUGGUGACAGAAGUGGAAUAUUUUUGUGCAAAGAUAUUUGCUUAUUGGUUGGUUAAUAUGACAAAAAUGUUACAUCCUAUUUUUGCUGUGGUAAAGUGCUGUAAUUGGUUUUAUGUGAAUGCAAUUCAUGCAAUGAAUAACGGCCUAUAAUCACUGCAGGAACUGAUACUGACUGCCUUACACUAGAUUGCCAUAGUUUUCCUCAAAUCUGUGAAUGUGUAUACUUGUAGUCCAGUAGACUUGUACAUUACCUUUAUCAGCUAUUACAUUUGAUACUUGAAUGUCAUGAUUUUUAAGGACCUAAAGUUUAAAAGGGUUCAUUUGGCUGAAUUAAUUAUAAAGGACAGAGUUUUUUCCUUAAAAUUAUACUUUUAAUUUAACAUAAUGGGCAGACUAGCAGAAUUGAUAUAUAUAUAUAUUAAAUGAAAAGAUGUGUAUUUAUUGUCAGCAUUAGCAAACUGUACAUACAUAAAUAGGCAUAGACAUUGUAAUAAUAAUGUUUUUGUCACACUGUCAUUGUCAUAACACACAAAUUAAAAUACAGUAAGUAGAUAACGGUAAUAAAAAGCAUGCGUCUCUCAUA